GAGAGAGCGAGAGGGGAGAGAGCGAGGGGAGAGAGAGAGCAUCCCCCACACUGCCUGUGCGUCGUGAACAUUUUGGAGUCUCUGGGCAAAACCGGAGAAAAGAAUCCAAAAGAAGCGGCAAAAAGUCCGACCCUGGUGGUGACAGGCUGCAGAAGCAGGAGCUCAGAUCGGUGUCAUCACCAUCACCACCGUCACCCGGGAGCAGGAGAAAUGAUGUCUGAUUUUUUUGGCCAAUGUGCCGGCAUUUCCCCCCCACCCCACCCCCCCAUCCGCGCACCCUGAGGAUUGGUGAAUAGACGGGGGAACUGCACUGCUGCUGCUGCUGCUACUGCUGCUGCUACUGCUGCUGCCGGUAUGUGGAUGAAGCAGAGGGAGAGCUGACAUUAAUAUAAACUGUGUGUUUUUGCAUCCAUUGCUGCUCCUUCUCUCCGCCUCAUAGUAUCUCUCUGUCUCUCUGUCUCUCUCUCUCUCGCAUCUAUCGGAUGCUGCGUGAUGCUGAUGCUGCGCGAUGAUGCAUCAAUGACCGGGAAUUCGCAUCACGCCAAGUCCUCCGAGGCGAUGUAAAUUCUCAACAGUGUUCCCCAUUCUCCCCCCUCACCCCCCCGUGUGCUCACCCGCUGCGCGACAAUGCCUUAUUCUGACGCAAAGUGCGAGGAUGCCUGUAGCUGCGACUGUGCCAUUGCUGCGGCACACGCUCCUCAGCCCGAGUCCGACACAACUACAACCAGCUGAACUGGAGACAGCAAGCUGGGCGAGUGCCGUGCACCACCCAACAUAAGCCAUACAGGAGCCCGUGCAUGUACAUGUGGGAGACUGUCGCCCCCCCUGCAGGGAGGUUUCUGUUGCACCGUGGCAGUGUUGUUGGGGCUUCCCAAAAAUAAUAAUAAAAAAAAAGACCCCUCUGCCACAUCCCUAAAAAUCUUCUGAGGAGGACUUGCUGUGAGCAUUACAGGCUUCCCCGAUGGUUCUUGGAGGGCAGUGUGGACGCACCGUGUGUGCGUGAACCUUUGCCAGGUUUGGACCAGCAGACGGAACAGACGGAGACUCUGUGUGUGACAUGUUAAAGGCUGAACUGCUGCCCAGAUCUCUGACCUGCCCCGUCUGAAACCCUCGCUCUGUUCUAUGAACAUCUCUGCUCUGGCACCAACGCUCCACGGGGGGGAAACGCUGGCGUGCGGCACCAAAAAAUCUGCAGAGAUCACGGUCGGUGACAAAAGGGUUCCCCACCCACCCCCACGCUCCGACGCUCCAAAAUAAGAGUGAGAGGAAGACGGGGUGAAGAUGCAGGUGUCCUUCGCCUGCACCGAGCACAACCUCAAGAGUCGCAGCGAGGACCGACUUUGUGGCCUUCGCGCCGUAAUACCUCCUGGGGGCAGCAGCGGCGGAGUUGGUGGUGGUGGCGGUAGUGGCGGCGGCGGCGGUGGAGGAGGAGGCGGAGGAGGUGGUGGCGGCGGCGGAGGAGGCGGCGGGGGAGGCGGAGGUGGACAAGGGAAUAAUGGCAACUACAUCUCCCAAGGCUCGGUCAAGGUCAGGGAGGGUCCGGGGUCCCGGCAGACCCAGGGUCACGCCCACAUGAAGGAGGCCAUUGGGCGCCACACCAACAUGAAGUACAGGAACCUGGGGAAAUCAGGCCUCCGAGUCUCCUGCCUGGGGUUAGGCACCUGGGUAACAUUUGGAUCACAGAUCUCAGAUGAGAUGGCUGAGAACCUAAUGACCAUCGCUUAUGAGAACGGAGUGAACCUUUUUGACACGGCGGAGGUGUACGCCUCUGGAAGGGCGGAGAUCACGCUGGGGAACAUCAUCAAGAAGAAAGGAUGGAGACGUUCAAGUUUUGUCAUCACAACAAAGAUCUACUGGGGAGGCCAAGCAGAGACGGAGAGAGGGCUUUCCAGGAAGCACAUCAUUGAAGGUCUCAGAGGAUCAUUAUCGAGACUUCAGCUGGAGUACGUGGACAUUGUUUUCGCCAACAGAAACGACGUCAACAGUCCAAUGGAAGAGAUCGUACGAGCGAUGACCUUCGUAAUAAACCAGGGUAUGGCCAUGUACUGGGGAACCUCACGUUGGAGCGCAAUGGAAAUCAUGGAGGCGUACUCAGUGGCCCGUCAGUUCAACCUGAUCCCGCCGGUGUGCGAACAGGCGGAGUAUCACUAUUUCCAAAGGGAUAAAGUGGAAGUUCAGCUUCCUGAACUCUACCACAAGAUCGGUGUGGGAGCAAUGACCUGGUCUCCACUCGCCUGUGGAUUAAUCACAGGGAAAUACAGCGACGGAGUACCAGAGUGCUCCAGAGCGGCGAUGAAGGGAUACCAGUGGCUGAAGGAGCGGGUGAACAGUGAGGAAGGACGCAGACAGCUGGCCAAAAUCAAGGAGCUCCAUCUACUGGCAGACAGACUGGGCUGCACCGCUGCACAGUUAGCCAUAGCCUGGUGUCUGCGCAGCGAGGGAGUCAGCUCAGUACUUCUGGGAGUUUCUAACACGGAGCAGCUCCUUGAGAACCUGGGCGCCCUCCGGAUUUUAUCCCAAAUGACCCCACAGACCAUCACGGAGAUCGACGCCCUGCUGGGAAACAAGCCACACUCCAAGAAAGAGUCCCGCGCUUGACGACGCGAAUCGGAGAGACAGACGAUGUUUUCGGAGAGAACGCAGGAGACAACGACAUAAAGAGAAACGUCACUUUUCACUCUGCUCUAUACUCAACAACUUGCAUGUUCUCGGCCACAUUAUGCUUCCGGUAUGCGCGCAUAACCAUGUCGCGCCGUACAUUGUAUCAUGUAUUUAAAAAAAAAAAAAAAAAGGAAAAAAGGAAAGAAAACAAUUUAAUCCUG